GGAUAAACAUACACGAGCUAUUUUAGCACUAUGUCGACUUCUUCCUCCAACAGCUAGAGGAAAAAAUAAAGCUGCAAGAGAAAAAUCCACUGCGGUUUUGGAAAAAUUAUUUUAUUUAAAAAGAACGGUACGCCUUUAGAAUCAAGGGAAUCAGAGUCAAGAGAAAAGAUUCAACCACGUUUAGUCGCCGUAGGUUCAACCAAAGCAGCUGUGGCUCAAUACUUUCUAAACGUAGACAACAAGUUCAUUCUACUUCAUGCGCAAAAUUUCGUGAAGGCUUUUGACAUUUUGUUUAAAAGUCAUUUCGUUUUUCAUACAGAAUACGAUUCGAAUCUGGUAAGUUUCUACAGAUUUAUAGAAACAUAUUUUUAUAAAAUAAACAAUGGUCCCGUAACUCCACGUAUAAGAGAAGUAUAUACACUUCUACGAAACCAAAUGGAUACAUGAAUUAAUUUUAUUUCUAUAUUUUAACUGUAUUAUUAUUGAAUUGUACACUUAUAAGGUACUCUGAAUAAGUUAUACUGAUUAAAAUUGAACUUUUUGGUUUUAUUAAUUGAGACAUUCAUUUUUAAGAUGCCUUAUAUGUGUACAAAUUGUACUUAUGUUGGAAAUUCAAUUAAGGAAUUAUGUCGACAUUUAAGAAUAAUUCAUUCUUUCUAUGAAGGUUCACAAUUAAAUUUAAAAUGUUGUUUUUUAAAUUGUCCUUUUAUAUUUAAAACUUAUUCGGGAUUUAGAAAGCAUUUAGCUAAGUGUAAACUAAAUGUUGAAGAAGUUUGUACUGUAGAUGAUUCAAAUAAUUUGACAGAAAUUCCACCUAAUUAUAGUUGUAAUACUGAUGAAAAUUUAAAUAUAAAUAAUAAUAAUAAGUCGAAUACAAACAUUAAUAAGAAUUUAAAUAUAGAUGAAGAUAUAAGUACAAAUAUUCUUGAUGAUAUUUCGGAAGAUAUCAAUAAUAACUUUUCAUUUUUUAUACAAAAUUUAUAUUCUUUUGGCAUACCUGAUACAUCGAUUGAUAAAAUAUUGCAAUGUUUAUCUCAACUGAUAAAUUCUGUAUUCGAAAAAUUUUUGGAUAAUGUAAAUGAAUCAAACGUUAUCUGUUGAGAAAUUGUAUCAACAUUUUUUAAUUCUUUUGAUAGGUAUUUAACAAAACAUAAACGUAAAAAAAAGUACGAAAAAUGUAUGGUAAAACCAAUAGAAAAAAGUUGUGGGGUUUGCAUAAAACAAAAGUUUGAUUCAAAAUUUAAAAUGUAUAAAACUGUUCCUCUAACUUGCACAUUUACUUAUGUUCCAAUUAUUGAAACCUUAAAAUUUUUAUUUAAAAAUAAUUCCUUUAAAAAAAUAAUAUUUAAUUCCUUCAAUAAAAAGACCUUAAAUUGUAGUACAUACAAUAAUCUUGUAGAUGGUGAAAUGUAUAAAACCAAUAACCUUUUCCAUAAUUCAGAAAAAUUAACUAUUGAAAUAGAAAUAUUUUUUGACGACUUUGAAAUUUGUAAUCCCUUAGGUAGUAAAGCUUUGUCUCAUAAAAUUGGGGGAUUUUAUUUUGUAAUAUGCAAUUUACCUCCUCAUUUCAAUUCUAAUUUAAACAAUAUUCAUUUAUUAACUUUGUGUUAUAGUAAAUACAUAAAAGAUUUUGGUAUAAAUUCAGUUUUGGAAGUAAUUGUAAAAGAUUUAAGAAUUUUGGAAACAGAAGGUUUUUACAUUGAAGGAGUUGAAUAUCCAAUAAAAGGAACUUUAGCGACAUUAAGCCAUGACAAUUUAGGAGGAGCAACGUUAUAUGGCAUGGUUGAAUCAUUUCAAGCUAACUUUUUUUGUAGAAUAUGUCUCAUGCAUAAAAAUUUUACUAAAAUAAAUUGCAAACAAGAAGAUAUUCUUUUGAGAACACCUGAAAAUUUUAAAAAUCAUAUUCAACUUGCGAUUAAUCAUUACGACGAUAGUGUAUAUGGAAUUAAAUUACGCAGUGCUUUAAAUGAUUUAGAAUUUUUUAAAUUUGGAAUAAAUUUAUCAGUUGAUAUAAUGCAUGAUUUUCUGGAAGGAAUUUGCCAACUUGAACUUAAAUUGUUUCUAAAAUUUUUAAUACAAGAAAAAUUAACUUCGAUAGAAGAAAUUAAUGAUAAAAUAAAUACUUUUGAUUACGGUCUUCAAAAUAGAGCUAAUAAACCUAGUCUAAUCUAUCUUAAUAAAGCAGGCCAUUUAAUAGGUCAAAGAGCUGCCCAAACUUAUUGCUUAUUAAUAUUUUUUCCUUUAAUAAUCAGUGAUAUUACAAAAAAACUUGAUCAUAGCACAAAUUACAAUAAAUGGAAAGUAAUUCUUUUGUUAAUAGAAAUUGUCAAAAUAGCAUUUGCUCCUAUACUUCAUAAUAUUUUUAUGACUGAUUUUGAAAAUCUAAUCGAAAAUCAUCAUAAAUUAUUUUUAACUGAAUAUAAUACUCAUUUAAGACCAAAACAUCACAUGAUUACACACUUGCCAACUGUUAUUAAAAGAAUGGGUCCUCCAAGACAUUUUUGGACUAUGAGGUUUGAAAGCAAACAUAAUUACUUGAAAGAUCUUUCAAACAAAUUAAAAAAUUUUAAAAAUGUUUGCAAAACUCUUGCUUUCCGUCAUCAACAAGAUAUGCUAUUUAAAUGGAACAAUUGCAAUAUUUUUGAACUUUUUCCUUUUCUUAAGAAAUGUAAUGUUACUGCAAUAGGAAGUACCACAUAUUUUAAUGUUAUUUCAAAGUUCUUAAAUUUAAAAAUCUGAUGUAAAAAUAUGUUUUGGAAAUUCUGUCAAAUUAUUUGGAAAUGAGAUUGAAAUUAAUAAUUUUAUAUGUACUUCUUUUCAUGAGCAUUUGCCUAAUUUUUCUAAGGUAGUUUCUUUAUUUGUAUUUGAUUCAAAACCUUAUGCAGUGUGUCAAAGUUACAAAACUUUUUCUGUUUGUAAAAAAUAUUUAGGGUACAUAAUUUUAAAAGAAAAUGAUAAUAAAUAUUUU